UGCCUCCGACAUCAGUUUUUGAAAAGCAUUAACAUGAAGGCCUUCAUCGUUUUGGUUGCCCUGGCUCUGGCCGCCCCCGCUUUCGGUCGCACCAUGGACCGCUGCUCCCUGGCCCGCGAGAUGUCCAACCUGGGCGUUCCUCGUGACCAGCUGGCUCGCUGGACUUGCAUUGCUGAGCACGAGAGCUCCUACCGCACCCACGUGGUUGGACCCACCAACUACAACGGCUCGAACGACUACGGCAUCUUCCAGAUCAACGACUACUACUGGUGCGCUCCUCCCUCUGGACGCUUCUCCUACAACGAGUGUGGCCUGAGCUGCAAUGCUCUGUUGACCGACGACAUCACCAACUCCGUGCGUUGCGCCCAGAAGGUGCUCAGCCAGCAGGGAUGGUCCGCCUGGUCCACCUGGCACUACUGCAGCGGAUGGCUCCCGUCCAUCGACAGCUGCUUCUAAGCUGGAGGAGUAUUUGAUUUGAAAUAAAGACGCUUUGAGAAAGAA